AUGAUAUUGCGAAGUACUGAAUGGUUUUCUGUCGCAUUUUUGCUGCUAGUCACAUUUGACGCCGUCUUCAGUCAUAGCAGGUUCAUGGUGAGGAAAGGUGGUCGACUUGAACGCCUUCAUAAGCGGACGCUGUUUGAGUGGCGACAUGCACAUCGUCAUCCGCGGCACCGCCAUCAUAGGCACAAGCGCAGACGUCAUGAGAGAGACGGUGAUAUGAGAAUUGAGCACAUUCUUGCUCAGAUGGAUUCCUAUGUUCGGCCACGAUUCGGACGUUCGGCUGGAUUUUUACGAAUACUUACACCAAGCUGGAAUCCACCCACUCAACUU